AUGUCAACUAGAUCCUCUAGUAGAGGCUCUGUUAGAUCAUCAAGCAGGGUUCGGGAUAGAGCAGUGGAUCGCACAUCUUAUCGGAGUUCAGUCCAAAAUCUUAUUGAAACAUUCUACUCCGACUCUAGUAGAGAUUCUAGCCCAACACCGUUAGGAUCAGGAAACAUGACUGACUCAGAGGUGAACAUGGCAGCUGCAUCAGCUGUUUUGAACAGCUUGGUGGACAUUAAGGUCACUUCGGGAGAUGUAGGGAAUCUAGUGAGAUCUCUGGAGUCAAUGAGAGGAUCUUUACUGGAUUGGGUCUCUGGCAAUAUUGCUUUUGCUGGCUUUGAUGCGCAGGAGAUGCGAGAUAGCCUCAUCAAGAAGCUACAUGGCAAAUCGAUAGUGCUUGGAGUUCUGAUAGGUCUGGUGAGGGGAAAUAGACAAAGGUACCUACCGUGCUACCUUGGAAGAAAACUCGAUACAGUUACAUAG